GAGAGAGAGCGGUGACGUCCACGCAGGCGGGGAAGGAGCGCGCGCUGGACCGCGCCUCUCGGCUUUCGCGUUGUGAGCAUCCCACAGAUCAGACCCACGAUGGAACCGGAGACAAGACGCGAACCAGAGGCGAGAGACGAACCGGGGGCUGAAGAUGAUCAAAGCUGCACCGUGUAUGGCCUUUAUGACCAGGAUUUAACACACAAGACCAUCCUGGUGGGAGACAGUGGUGUGGGGAAAACAUCCCUGCUGGUGCAGUUUGAUCAGGGAAAGUUUAUCCCAGGCUCUUUCUCUGCUACUGUGGGCAUUGGCUUUACGAAUAAAGUUGUUACUGUUGGAGAGGUGACAGUUAAAUUACAGAUUUGGGACACAGCGGGGCAGGAGAGAUUUCGCAGCGUCACUCAUGCUUACUACAGAGAUGCCCACGCUCUGCUCCUGCUGUAUGACAUCACCAACAAAUCAUCAUUUGACAACAUCAGAGCGUGGCUUACAGAGAUCCAUGAGUAUGCACAGAGUGAUGCAGUCAUCAUGCUGCUGGGCAACAAGGCCGAUAUGUGCAGUGGAAGAGUCAUCAAACGGGAAGAUGGAGAGAGACUGGCCAGGGAAUAUGGUGUCAUAUUUAUGGAGACGAGUGCUAAAACUGGUGUCAAUGUAGAUCUGGCCUUCAUGACUGCAGCAAAGGAGUUGAUCGGUCGAUGUCUCGAGCUGCCCAAAGAGCCCAAGUUUCAAAUAAAUGAUAUCAUCGAGCAAAAACCACAGCAAUCAGGCUGCUGUGGAUUUACAUAAGAUCUUACGAGACACAAGAAGGAAUGUUAGAAGAUAAUGAAUGGAGAUGCAGUGAGAAAAGAAUAAGGAGACCGAUCAGAGAUUUUUCAGGCCUAAUGCAGUUCUUAAAUGUUAAGUAAAGACCAGGAUGUACAGUAGGAAUACUGAAGGAAUGUGAUUGUCCUGGGCAGAUCAAAAGCACUCCAGUCCCAGAGAGCCGCUUCAGAUUGGUCACUUUGCUUCUCUGGAACACUACUAUGCAGGAGUUUGCUCUGCUUCCCCAAAACUUUGUAGCACAAAUGUCAAUGUUAUAAUAAGUGGGUGUAAUGAUGCACUAAUAUGAGGUCAUCUGAAAUAGCUGUGUAGUUAAAAAAUGGGUUACGGCGGUCUAUAUAUCAUUGAGGGACAUAUUCCCAGGUUCAUGGGGUUCCAGAAGAGUUUCUGAAAUCAAAUGAUGAUGAUGCAGUGGUGGCACAUGACACAUACUAGAAAUUUGGCACAGGGUUGGUUCGUUUUUUCAGGAAAUGUAAAAGAGUAAAUAUUUCAGAGCAGGAACAUUAGUCCAGAAACCCUAAACUAAAAAAAGAAGAGUUCCCCAUUUAUUCCCAUUACAGUUCCUCCAUUGCUAAUAUUAAAAACCAGUGUGUGGAAAUUAUUAAUAAGAAAUAUAAAUUUGACCCUAGCACUAGAUCUUGCACUGCUAAUUGGAGCAGUGUAUUUAUUUAUGCACAAAGUAUUUUUCAUUUUGAUGCUACAAAGUUUUUGGGGAAACUAGGCUUCAUUUUCAUGACCCAUAUUUUCGAUCAAUAGCCAUAAAUAUUUUUGAUUUCAUAUCCAAAAUUUUAUGGAGUUUCAGUUAUUAAAUAUGACAGGGACACAUUCCUUAUGUAUGCAAGCAUAGAUCACAGUUUCUCUGCCCAUCCUGUUUAAAUCCACCAGAGGGAGCAACAGUACAAGUGAGAACGUUUAUUGAAUUUAAAAACAAAUUCAGGUAUAAACAGAGUCCACUACCAGCAGCUGUCUUCAUUCCACCAUCACAUCUAAACUAAAAAACAGUUGCGUUAUUAUUAGGUUAAUCCUGUUUGAGAUAUAUAUAUAAUAACUAUUUUCUAAAUGACUGAAAUCAUAAAUUUGGAGGACACAUGGAGGACUGCACUUAUUUAUAAUAAUUACUUUUUACUAUCAAGUGUUGAUGUAUAAUAAUUAAUUAAUUCAGUAUCCCCAGAACUACUAAACAUGUGCUAGAAACUACACAUUUAGCAAAAAAAGAUAAAUGAAUAUAGGAGGCAUGGCCUCGUUGCCUCUCGGUGUCAAUGAGAGUUUAUUUCUUCUUCGGUGUCAAUGAAGGUGCUGUGGCCACUUUUCCAGUCUUUAUCAUUGUAGAAGGCCAGGCACCUUUUGCCUAAUAGUAUCAUUGUGGCCUUGUUACCUGUCUAUCAUUGAAGGAGAUGAAGCCAUUUUCCUUUUUUUUGGUAUCAAUAAUGGGAGUGAUUGUGUUGUUUCCUGUAACUGUCAAUUAAAAAUGCAAGGCCUCUUUGUCUCCCUGUUGUCAGUCAAAGUGCUGUGGACACUUUUCUGCCUAUCAUGGUAGAAGACCUGGGACCUUUUGUCUGACUGUCAAUGAUGAAGGUGUGGGCUUGUUGCCUGUCAGUAUUUUUGAAGGAGCUGUAGCCAAGUUGCCUGUUGGUAUCAGUGAAGGAGGUGUAGCCACUUUGUAUCAUUAAUGGGAGUCAUUGCCUUGUUUCCUGUAAGUGUCAAGUAAGGAGACGAGGCCUCUUUGUCUUUCAGUGCCAGUGAAAGAGCUGUGGCUACUUUCUCUGUAGGUGUCACUGAAGAAGGUGUGGCAAUUUAAUUCAGUUAAAUUUUUAAUGAUUGAGGUGUAGCCUCUUUGCCUGUCAGUGUACUGUAGGUAAAGGAAGCAUAGUCUCCCAGCCAUUAAUGAUAUCCCUUUCUUAAAAUAAAAAUAUGAAAAGACAUCACUUUUGUCAACUUCUUUGAUUGUAUAUGUUGCAGAUCAGGUGUUGGGAUCCAGAAAAUCAUAUCAAAUCGAAUGCAGUAUUGCAUUCAUUUAUAUAUAGCAACAGUACCUCUAUUUUUAGCUGAAACGAUUUGAUAUUUGAAUUCCAUUUGCUCAGAAUUCAUUCAAUAUUUGUGAUUCAUGUAAGUUGGUAGUGGACUCGACUUACAUGUGGAGUGGUCUUCAUUUCUCCAAGUGGAAAAAUAGUAUUAUAUCAUGAUAAGUAUUAUAUAUAAUGUCUGCCUUAUGUCAAAUUUAAAACCUUAAAAUCGUAUAAGAGUUUUAUUUAUUUCUUUUGUGUUACUGUUCAUGGAGAAAUGUAAAGGGCAGAGGGAUUUCCAGUUACAGUGUGCCGGUUUUGCAUCAUUAAUUUAUUCCCAUACUCUAAAAUUACGCUGCACUAUUUAUCCUUGUAUGCUGCAGAGCAGGUUACAGUAUGAUGUUUUGAGUAUGUUUCUGAAGGUUUAAGUGAAGGAUUCUAGUGUCUCAGGGUUUUUUUUUUUAUUGUAUUUUUGCUCAGAUGCAUGGAGAUGCAGAUGCAUGAAGCGAGUAAUUUUAUUUUUUGUGAACUAAAGGCUUGAUUUUAAAACUGUGAGAUUGACAAUUAAAAAAGAAAAUGUUGUAUGUACAUGUUUUACGUCAGAAUUUAAAAUAUGGUUUGGAGAUCGUUUUCUUCUUCUACUCGCCUUUAUAUGUUUUCUACUAUUGAACGACCAGUGACAUUAGAUUAUUACCAUUUUUGAUGUAGUCUUUAAACUCCAAACCCACAUAUGGCUCAAUAAUCAGCUGAAAUAGCUGUGUCAAAAGAAGUCACAAUCUUUGUACCUAACCUCACUUUGAUUUUAUCUGUCACCAAUCUCAUCCAUUAGUCAUUAUGUCUUUUAUGCUUAUGUGAAUAAAGUUAGCAUAAAACUGAAAUGAACAAAAUGAAAGAGAUUCUUACACAUCUAUUAAUUAUUUUCCUGAAAAUACAUUAUUUGGCCCAAAAUGUAACCUUUAAGGUCAUAAAUGUUUUGUCUAACUGACUGUUUGGAUUAUGUGGAAUGUUGUCUACACAUUGGCUAUUGGCUGAACUCCUGUUACUGUAAUAAAGUUCAUGACCACUG